AUGACAGAUCAUGAUCGUGAAGCAUCCUCAUCUCCACGAACCCUCCCCGAGGCACCCUUUUUCGCCGAUGGUCCUUACGUCGAUCGACUUCCUGCGAGCGUUGUUAAGUUUUACCUGAAGAAGGCGACCGUCUCCGCUCCCGCCCUGGUAACUGUUACCCUCAGUAUCGCGGACUUCCACCGCUACGAAGAUGACAUCGCAGCAUACGUCCAUAGGCGAUUCGACUACGAUCCGGCAACCCAGGAGAUCACAUUCCGUAUGACGACUCCAAUGCACGGUAUGUUCGCUAAAUAUGUCGAGAAUACCAUAUUGAAGGAGCUGAGCAAGCUUGAUGAAGGCCAUUCCAACUUCAAAGCUGGUAUCGAGACUGUCGGUACUGCUCGUAUUAAGCUGACUCUUAACUCAAACGCUGUUAGUGCUUCAGGAAAUGACACUGAACGCAAGGGGCAAUUUACGCUCUAUCAUCUGUAUCCCAAUACCAGAAGGUUACUGCUUGAACUGAGGAUGAAAGUCCUGAAAUGGAGACGAUCAAAGCGAGGAAUGAGACACGUAAAUCCAGAAAUACCAAAUGUUGAAUCUGAUACCUUACAGCAUAUAUGCGUUCGUCACAUAUAUCAAGACCAAGGCGCUGGCCGAGGAGCCAUAGCUAUUGACCAGCUGGUUCAUUAG